CUCCCACUAACGUUUGUUUACGGAGUAUACGGAGACAAAAGAGCAAGAGGACCACUAAAAUUAAAAAAAUUAUCGCUUCAAAACUCGUAGGUUAUUUGAAAAAUUACGGGACUGAGAUUCCUGCGCCCAUGGCACCUUGCAGAAAGUUUGUCCUUUGACUAAAAAAUCUUUUAAAGUCCUGGCGUUUCUGCAAGUUCAACAAGUCAGCAAAAUGCCUCUUGGGCAACCAAACGUUGACAAGAUUGCUAAGGCUUGCAGUAGUAUCAAUUUGACUAAAGCCGCAAAAUACCAUAUGAAACCACUUAAUGGUCUGGAUAUUCUUGUAUGUGGAAACUGUUUGGAAGUUUUCCAUCUUUUAGUUGAUAUCCAAAAGCACAAGCAACGAGGAAACUGUGUUCCGCCUGAGACGGAUCCAUCAAAAUUUAAUCCCACAGCCGAUGUCUGGGCUUUCAUGCUGUGGAAAAAUUCACCUGAGUGCAAAAAGAUGAAAUUUAGGAAUGCUGGAGAAAAUUCUGUUUUGUGGAAAAAAUGGCAAGAACUUCCAGGAAGUAUUAAAGAAGCUUGGAAAAUUGCAGGGAACAUUCUCUUUGACAUGAACUGGAUCCACAAGUCUAAAGAUGAGGGACCAUCAGCAGAUCAUUUUGAGGAACUCUUUACCCAGCAGUUAGGUAGCGCAGCUGAAACUGAUCCACUUGCAAAUGUAUCCACCGAAAAUCCAUUACUUGCCGUAGAAAGGAUUCAGACUUCAAGGCGUGGGCGCAAAAAGCAGUUAGAGAGUAUUAACUCUCCACCAGAGAGCAUCAGUCGGACACCUCAAAAAGUCGUGAACAAGAAAAUUGACAAAAAAAGCAAAUCGCUUGUAUAUCUUGUCAACUGGGUAGGAUUACCAGAAGCACAGUCGUCUUGGGAGUCUGAAGAAAGUCUAGAAGGCUACAAACAUUUGAUCCAGCAAUUUGAGGAGAAUUUGGCAUCCCCGUCUAGGCCUUGCCGUUCAAGCAAACAGAAGGCACUGAACAAAGUAAAGGAAUGGACUUUAAAGAAAACUGAUGCUCAGAUUGACGAAGAAUUUCUGAAAGCUGAAUUGGGAGAGGAAGAUGAGGAAGACAGUGGCGAUGCGUCUGAUGAUGAAUUUAGGCCUGAUGAUGUCGGUGGCUCUCCUGAAGGGGGAUCAACAAGUUCAUCCUCAGAGGAGAUAGGAGAUGAAUCGGACUCGCUAGAGGAGAAACCCCGUGUCUUUGGGAAAAAGAGGAAAUCCUCCAUGAAGCCCAGUUUUCUGAAAAAGCAAAGAAAGGUUUUACAGCAAGGGACUCCUUCUGAUGACAGAAUUCUCCAUGUCAGCAACUGUUAUCGCUCCAUUCGAGUGAAUGCUAAUGCCCUCACCAAAGUAAAGCCCGGAAUCCACGAAAUCAAAGAAAGCUCAUCCCUUCUGUUACUGGCCCCAAUGCUAUGCAAGAACAAGCCAAAAGAAGAGCAGCCAGGCCUUGUCAUCAUUACUAACAAUAUUUUGAGGAACAGGCCGGGAAUCCGGAAGAGGCAAGGUCUCAAGCUGUUCGAGGAUGCUCCACAAAAACAUUUCUGCCAAGAGCUGCCCGAAAAAACAGAAAUCAAGUUGAAACCAAAACCUGUGACAAGCGUCAUCAAAAUAUUGAGUGCAAAAACAUCCCCUGCUCCAAUUUCCAAGGUUUUUGUUCCUGCUAAAAUUAAUGUGGGGAAAACACCAAAUAAGAUUCACUCCACAAUACUGCCUCAUGUAUCUGCUGAAUCUCCUGUGUUGACCAAAAGUCCACUUCCUAAACUGUUGCAAAAAAAAAUUGCACCGACUCCGACAGCUCAGCCUUCUCAACAGCCUUCUCAAACCCCAAAAGUUGUCAGGAAAGCUGUACAGAAAAGACCAAGGGUCCUCAUUGCAUCAGAGCUACCUAAAGGCAGCAAAACUCCAACAGAUGUAAAAAAAUUGCCAAAAAAGCAGCCCAUAUCUUCUGCUGAAUUAGCUCAACAUAAAUCGGAUCAGUCUAGUGGACCCCAGCACGUGGAGAUUCCUAAAGGUGUCGACCCAGGUGCAUUAGAGGUGCCUGCGGGAAUGCAGUUGAUGGUUUCAGACAAUGGCGAGUACUAUCUUCUGCCUCAGCAACCCGAAGGGAGCACUGUAGCUUUGGCACACGACCCCGAAUCCGGUGCUGUGCAAGUCGUUGCCAUUCCUGAGCAAGCAACCAGCGUCAACAUUCAAGCAAGUCAUGAGAACACAGCAAUAGCUCCACAAGGAACUGUUGAAGUCCCAAUAAAUUCUACAGAGCAAGGAAAAUUUCUGAUUGUUAUGACCAAAGAAGGAGAAUUUGUUUUGGUUCAGACUGACCAGAACACAGCAGAAGAUAGUGGCAAUAGUGACAAACUGGUGUGUCUUUAGUGAUGCAAAAGCGAGACAAGUUAUGUGAAAAUGUGCAGUUUCAAAGUUUUAUUUUAAUGAUUAUGACAGUGUGUUUUAAAAUUAAAAUUUAUAAGUCACAUAUAUGAGAAACGUGGGUUUACAAUCAAGGGGCCUAGUCAGAUUUUGAAAUUACAUAGUGGUUGCACCCUCUAGUUGAAAAGCUCAGAUGCUUCUCGUGAGCCAACUCCUGCAGUGUUACAUAUUCUUUUUCACUUAACACAAUUGGCAAUUCCAACUGCUUCUGGUUUUUGUUGGAAAUAAAUCUCUCAAUCCUCUUUCUCAUCUGCACUUUAAAUUGCUCAUGGUCAUUCUGCAAAAAAUUUCAUCAGCUAAUAUUAGAGCAUAACAACCAAAACUUACUUCUUUGAGAGAGUGUCCAUCAGCUGAAAUAUCUUUAUUUCCUGCUCUCUGAUUUGGUGAGGCAGUUUGAAACAUGUUCUGAGCCAUCUCUUUCUCUUUAGUGGCAGAUCUGAUUU